GAGUCGUCCUGGCGUAUGUGAAGCUGGCCUCGGCAGGAUGAUGACGCUUCAGUGUGGCUGGUAACAAAGUGGGUGAACACGGUGUUCCUCUCGUCUUUCUGUGGUUGUCUUGGUGAUGGGCGACUGUGACCACGGGUCUGCACCUCCUCCACCUGGCUGCCCUCUGCCCAACAUCUCCAGCAAAGGGUCCAUAAAGGCACUGGAUCACAAGUUCACAACUUUCUAGAGCGCUCCAAGACACAUCAGUUCACCACUAAAGCUGGGAUAGAAGGUGAUAAUGUCUCAUAUUCUGGAAGGAUCAAGUGGUGGCAUUGGUGGUCUCAUAAUUCGCAAAACCAAAAAGGAAAACGAUGAUUUUCAGUUUAAAAAGCCUGCUAUUCCAAUACGAGGAUCUGUCUUGGGUUUGGACAAGCUUGCAGCUCUCAAGAGGAAAAUUCGUGAAGAUGGAAAUUUUGAGAAAAGUAAAUUGAAGAGUAGAAAGCACUCGUCUUCAAGUGACUCGGACAGUGAUGAUGAUGAUGAUGAUGAUGAUGAUAAUGAUAUUGGUGAUAGCAACAGAGAGAGACAAAUAAAGGACAUCAAUAUAGGUAAAGGAAAAGAGAGGGAGUAUCGUUCCAGGUAUGAUGAGACGCCAACAUAUACAGGUGGAGUGAACAGGCAAAUUAAAGAUAAAAUUAUUGAAAAACAAAGGAAAAUUAGAGAUAAAUAUGUUAAAGCAUCAACAAAAGAAAAAAAACGGGAAAAAGAAGGCGACCCAAAGGAUCGUGAUGAGAACAGGGACAGAAAAAGUAGAGAUAAUGAAAGAGACAGAAAAGAUCAGCAUAGGCAUAGGGAUAAUUACUGGGAUAAAUAUUACAAAGAAAGAAGUGACAGGAGAGAUUUUAAUGAUAGAAGUGAAAGAAGUGAGAGACGAGGUGACCGAUCAGAAAGAUCGGGGGGGAUAGACCAAGACUGGUCAGAGAGAUCCGAUAGAACACCAAGGUUUUCUGAGGCCCCAGAGACUCCUAGGAUCCCGGGUGUGAAAGAUACACCUUCUCACUCAUCUUGGGAUGAUGAUGAUGGUACACCAUCAAAGUUAUCUUCAUGGGAUCUGCCCACACCCUCUUCAUCCCAACGCCGAUCUCGAGAUAUUGAUUGGUCUAUACGCAGUGGUAACCGGUCUGUGAGAGAUGCAUCUCCAAAUAGAAAGUCCUAUCAAUAUGGUGACAGAACUCCACUUCCAACACCUUCAUACAAAUAUAAUGCAUGGAUGAGUGAAAGGGAAGGGAGAGAAGAGAGAGAAUUUGAAAAUGAGGAAGAGCGGGAGAAGUGGGAAGAAGAGGAAAAGAGAUUAGAUCGACAGUGGUAUGACAUGGACCAAGGCUAUGAUGACACUAACAACCCAUUUUCUGAUGUGUCUGCUGAAUAUGAGAGAAAAAAAACAGAAAAGAUUGAGAAAAGUAAAAGAAAGAUGAGUGCUAAACAGAGACAGAUUCACAAAGAUAAUGAAUUAUGGGAAACAAACAGAAUGUUAACAAGUGGUGUUGUACAAAAAAUUGAUUAUGAUGAAGAUUUUGAAGAAGAAUUUACUAAUCGUGUACAUAUUUUGGUACACAAUAUUGUCCCACCAUUCUUGGACGGACGCAUUGUAUUUACAAAGCAACCAGAACCAGUGAUUCCUGUGAAGGACUCCACUUCUGACAUGGCUAUUGUAUCCAGAAAAGGCUCUGCAGUUGUUAAAGUACGGCGUGAGCAGCGAGAACGGCGAAAAGCUGCAAAAAAGGAGUGGGAACUUGCAGGAACACAACUUGGCAAUCUUAUAGGUGUCAAAAAAGAGGAUGAGACUGAUGAUAGAAAGAUUGAAGAGGGAGAAACUGAUUACAAAGCUGAUCAGAAAUUUGCAGAACACAUGAAGGUAGCAAGUGAGGCUAGUAGUGACUUUUCAAGAAAGAAAACAUUCAGAGAACAACGUCAGUACCUUCCAGUGUUUGCGGUAAGAGAAGAGCUUCUCCGUAUCAUUAGAGAAAACUCUGUGGUAAUCAUUGUAGGUGAAACAGGAAGUGGAAAAACAACACAACUAACACAGUAUCUUCAUGAGGAAGGCUACAGCACACUAGGUAUGAUAGGAUGCACACAGCCACGUCGUGUAGCAGCCAUGUCUGUUGCCAAGCGUGUAUCCGAUGAAAUGGGUACUCAUCUUGGAGAAGAGGUAGGUUAUGCCAUUCGGUUUGAAGACUGCACGAGUGAAAAUACCAUUAUUAAAUAUAUGACUGAUGGUAUACUACUUCGUGAAUCUUUGCGUGAGAGCGAAUUAGACAAUUAUAGUGCAAUCAUUAUGGAUGAAGCUCAUGAACGUUCUCUUAAUACCGAUGUAUUAUUUGGCUUACUCCGUGAAGUUGUGGCUCGUAGACAGGAUCUUAAACUUAUUGUUACGUCUGCUACAAUGGAUUCCCAGAAGUUUGCCACUUUCUUUGGUGAAGUACCUGUGUUUACAAUUCCAGGAAGAACUUUCCCUGUGGAGUUAUUCUUUUCCCGCAAUGCAGUGGAAGACUAUGUGGAGGCAGCAGUGAAACAGGCACUGCAGAUACACCUUCAAGCUGAAGAAGGUGAUAUUUUAGUUUUCAUGCCAGGUCAAGAAGAUAUUGAGGUAACUUGCGAACUAAUUGUUGAAAAGUUGGAUGAGAUUGAUAAUGCCCCACAGUUGGCUGUGCUACCCAUAUACUCACAGCUUCCAUCUGAUUUACAAGCAAAGAUUUUUCAGCGUGCACCAGAUGGUCUUCGAAAAUGUGUUGUGGCUACCAAUAUUGCUGAAACUUCACUCACUGUAGAUGGUAUUAAGUAUGUGGUAGAUUCUGGAUACUGUAAAUUAAAGGUAUACAAUCCACGGGUAGGUAUGGAUGGCCUCCAGGUAUACCCAGUUUCACAAGCUAAUGCCAACCAACGUCUUGGGAGAGCAGGUCGCACUGGUCCUGGCAUGUGCUAUCGUCUUUAUACAGAACGGCAGUAUAAAGAUGAAUUGUUACCUACAACAGUCCCUGAAAUUCAGCGUACCAAUCUAGCCAAUGUUGUUCUUCUUCUUAAGUCGCUGGGAGUUGAAGACCUUCUUGUUUUCCAUUUCAUGGAUCCUCCUCCACAAGACAACUUACUCAAUUCACAGUAUCAGCUAUGGACUCUUGGAGCAUUGGAUAAUACAGGAGUUCUAACCAAAUUAGGACGUGCAAUGGUUGAAUUUCCUUUGGAUCCAGCACUCUCCAAGAUGUUGCUAGCUGGUGUGGAAAUGCAUUGUUCUGAAGAAAUCUUGACUAUAGUAUCUAUGUUAUCAGUGCCAGCAUUAUUUUACCGCCCCAAGGGCCGUGAAGAAGAGGCUGAUGCAAUGCGAGAAAAGUUUCAAGUGCCCGAGUCUGAUCACCUGACGUAUCUCAACAUCUAUCGACAGUGGCGUCUUCAGAAGUAUUCCAUGAACUGGUGCAACAAACACUUCUUACACUUUAAAGCCUUAAAAAAAGUAAGAGAGGUGAGACAGCAGCUCCAUGAUAUCAUGGACCAACAAAAACUAGUAGUAGUCAGCUGUGGUAUGGAUGAGGAUUUGGUGCGUAAAUGCAUUUGUGCAGCUUACUUUCACCAAGCAUGCCGUUUGAAAGGUAUUGGGGAAUAUGUCAACCUGAGGACAGGGACACCAUGCCACCUGCACCCAACCUCAGCAUUGUUUGGUAUGGGCUAUACUCCUGAUUAUAUUGUGUACCAUGAGUUGGUCAUGACAAGCAAGGAAUUCAUGCAGUGUGUAACUGCUGUAGAAGGAGGUUGGCUGGCUGAAGUCGGAGAUAAAUUUUAUAGUAUCAACGAAGGUGGUGCAUCACGAAUGGAAAAACGUCGCCAGGCUUUGGCACACAAGGCUGCCAUGGAGGCUGAAAUGGACCGGGCCCAAGGUACCCUGAAGGCACGGGCUGAGGAAAGGCAACGCAAGCAAGAGUCAUCACGCCGCCAGCAGGUAUAUGAUAUUGGCACACCUAGACGAGCGCAGUCAUCUGCCCACUUUGGUAUUUAAUUAACCAAUAGAUGUGUGUUGAUAUUUUACAGGUGUUUGGCUAAAAAAUAUUAUUGUUGAGCAAUAUUCACUUUGUGAACUGUUAAUGACUCCAGUCUAGUACAGUACUGUAUAUAAAUCAUGGUACAGCAAAUUGGAAAACUAGGUACCAUAAAAAGGAACUUUUACCAUGGUUAUUGAAAACUGGUGAAUUAUUUUGUUGAAGCUUUGGAGAUCUAAUGAUUUAGGUUUGGAAAAGUCUCUAAUUUUAAGAUAUUAGAUGUUGGAGCACGGCUCAAUAAUAGAAUACAGUAUUAGAAGUAUUUUGACCUAUUAAUGAAAUAUCAGUUUAGUACAUAGUUGUGGGCAACUGAAAAAAAUUGCCGCCAAAAAAUAUGGAUGUUUGUACUUUCAUGCCUCAAGAAAAUGAAAUCAGUAAGUAGGCAUGCAUUUUUACUUUUGUUAAUUUUUAUAGGUUGCAUUUUUAUAGUAUAAUAUUGAUAUUACAUGCUAAAUCACAAUUGCAUAGGUCAAACUUGAAUAAUUUUAUUAUCUAAUAUUUUUUAGAGCUCGGUCAGAAACUGUAAACACUUCUUCCUUGGCCUUGUAUUCUCAGGUUUACAUAGCCAUACAGCAAUUGGUAUUUUAAAAUUUCUUUACCUUCAUGUGAAUUACAGCAUUAAUUGAAAUGCCCCUCAAUGUACUGUCAUUGACUAUUUUUAUGCUUGUAUAUAAUUACUUCGUCUGUUAGGAAUUCUGAAAUGUCAUCUUUUAAUGGAGUUCAUUACCUAUUUUCUCUGUAUACAAUUGAAAUAUAGUUGUCUGUAAUGUUUUAUGGUUGAAGAACAUAACAGUACAGUGUUUAGUUAUAAUUAUUCACACAUUUUUCUUAUAGAAAUUGCAAUGUAGUACAAUAAUAUUUUUGUAAAGUUCAGUGUACUUACAAUCUUUAAUGUUAAAUAUUUUAUAAACAAGACAUCCAUAUAAACUUGUGCAUAUAUCAUUAAUAUGAAAUUUUACAAGGACUUUAAAAUUAUAUUUUUUUACUAGACACUACUUUAGUGCAUCUAUGAGAAUUGCAUUGCUGUAUGAUUUGGAAAAAAAAUACAUAUUUUAAUGUACUUAGGCCACUCGGAAAUACUGUCAUUAUUCAAGACUUGUGUAGCGUACUGUAUUUGCAAUUGGAAAUCAAACCUGCUUGUGGUGGGCCUUCCUGCUGUUUACAUAGAGAAGCAUCAUGUUAGGAAUCUGAGUAUUAAAGAUAUAUUCCAAGUACUUGUUUUUUCAAGCAGGUUAAGAAUAUAGUACAGUACAUCAUUGCUUCAGUAAAUUGUGUACCAUACAUGUAUUUUACUGUAUAUAUUUAAGAAGCACUAAAGUACAAGGAUGUGCUAGCUUAAAAAAAAAUGGGUUUUAUUAUUUCUUAAAAUGAAGACACUAUUUUUGUUGAGAAAAGUGUGCAAGUUAUUCUUGACUUUAAAGCAGUCAUAAAUUAAAUACUGAUUACUUGUUAUAAUUACAUAAUAGACCCCCCAAAAUAAAAAUGUUUUAUUAG